CGGCAGCGCUCGGCCCGGUUCGGCUCUUCUCGGCUCCGCUCGGCCCGGUUCGGCGCCGCUCGGGAGGGUUCGGCUCCUCUCGGCAACGCUCGACCCGGUUCGGCUCUUCUCGGCUCCACUCGGCCCGGCUCGGCUCCUCUCGGGAAGGUUCGGCCCGGUUCGGCUCCUCUCGGGAAGGUUCGGCCCGGCUCGGCUCGGCUCGGUACGGCAGGCCCCCGUGAGCCCCCGGUGCCGCCGCAUGGCCCCCGCGCGAGCCGGCCCCCGCCUCGCCCCCCCGCCGCCCCCCCCCGGGCACCGCUGAGCCCCGGCACCCGCCGCGUCCCCGGCUGGCGGCGGGGCGCCAUGUCGGGCGACUACGAGGAGGACGUGUGCCGCAGCGCCCUGACGCUGGUCAAGGAGCUCUGCUUCUCCCUGCGCGCCCUGGAGCAGCACGAGAAGUGCCUCGAGUUCACCGACCUGCUCCGCAACCGCGGCCACCCCCGGCCCUCCGACGCCGACAUCUCGGUGAGCCUGCUCUCGGUGAUCGUCACCUUCUGCGGCAUCGUGCUGCUGGGCGUCUCGCUCUUCGUCUCCUGGAAGCUCUGCUGGGUGCCCUGGCGCGACAAGGGGGUGCCGGGGGCCGCCCCGCGCAAGGAGCCGCCCCACGGCGCCCCGGGCGCCUUCGGGGAGCUGCCGCCGGAGGCCGGGGCCGCCUCGCCCGAGCGCGCCUACCUGGACAUGGGCGCCCGGCCCGAGGCGCCCGCGCGGCCCGGCCUGCCCUCGCCCGAGCUGCCGCCGGACAAGGAGCCCGGCGCCCUGCCCAGCGCCCUCUCGCAGCAGCCCCUGGCCGCCCCCGCCGCCCCCGCCCCCAGGUACAACGCCCGCCCCGCCGCCCCGCAGCCGCCCAGCCCGGACGCCGGCCCCCACGGCGGCAUCGUCCCCGGCGUCCCCGGCGGCGAGGACAAGGCGGAGCAGGCCACCAGCAUCGGGCAGAUCCAGCCGGAGCUCUACCAGCCCGGCGAGGCGGAGGCGCGGGCGGGCGCCGGGGCACCCUGCGGCCGCCUGAGCUUCGCCGUGCGCUACGCCUACGGCUCGGAGCAGCUGGUGGUGCGGGUGCUGCGCGCCCGCGACCUGCCCGCCAAGGACGCCAACGGCUUCUCCGACCCCUACGUCAAGAUGUACCUGCUGCCCGACCGCAAGAAGAAGUUCCAGACCAAGGUGCACCGCAAGACCCUCAACCCCGUCUUCGACGAGACCUUCAGCUUCGGCGUGCCCUUCGCCGAGCUGCCCGCCCGCCGCCUCCACUUCAGCGUCUACGACUUCGACCGCUUCUCCCGGCACGACCUCAUCGGCCAGGUGGUGCUGGACAACUUGCUGGAGGCCGCCGAGCGCGACGCCGAGACGCCCAUCUGGAGGGACAUCCUGGAGGCCACCGCGGAGAAGGCCGACCUGGGCGAGGUGAACUUCUCGCUGUGCUACCUGCCCACGGCCGGGCGCCUCACCGUGACCAUCAUCCGGGCCUCCAACCUGCGCGCCAUGGACCUCACCGGCUACUCGGACCCCUACGUGAAGGCGUCGCUGAUGGCCGAGGGCCGGCGCCUCAAGAAGCGCAAGACGUCCAUCAAGAAGAACACGCUGAACCCCAGCUACAACGAGGCGCUGGUGUUCGACGUGCCCCACGCCAGCGUGCACAGCGUCAGCCUCACCAUCGCCGUCCUCGACUACGACUGCAUCGGGCACAACGAGGUGAUCGGCAUGUGCCGGGUGGGCAGCGACGCCGAGGGGCCGGGCCGCGAGCACUGGGCCGAGAUGCUGGCCAACCCCCGGCAGCCCGUGGAGCACUGGCACCCCCUGGUCGAGGAGAAGGCCCUGAGCAGCCUCGUGGCCAAGAAACCGGCCGGGCUGGAGCCGGGCUGCGAGUGACGGCGCCGCCGGCCCGGCCGGGGGGGCCCCGACCCCGAAGCCAUAGGGACCCCCGGGGCCGCCGGCACCGCGGGACCCCCACUGUGAGCCCGGGCGCCCCCGCCGAGGGCCCAGGCGUCCGGGCGCCCCCCCCCGCCCCCG